GACUCGGCGUCGGACGCAAUUGCGGAGGCCUAGAAACAUGGAGGCGGCGGGUGCUGGGGCUGGGCAGCCGUCCUCUCGUCUGGAGGCUCCGGAAUCUACAGACGAUCGGCUUUUCCUGAUUAAAGGUGGAGUUUUCCUUGGUACUGUUGCUGCAGCAGGAAUGGUAGCCGGAUUUGUUACAUCAUUAUCGUUGGCUAAAAAGAAAAGCCCUGAAUGGUUCAAUAAGGGAAGUAUGGCCACGGCUGCCUUACCGGAGAGCGGGUCUAUCCUUGCCUUGCGAGCCUUGGGUUGGGGCUCACUUUAUGCGUGGUGUGGUGUUGGUGUGAUCAGCUUCGCAGUCUGGAAAGCUUUAGGAGUACACAGUAUGAAAGACUUUCGAAGCAAAAUGCAAUCAAUAUUUCCAGCAAUCCCCAAGAACUCCGAAUCGACUCUUGAGUGGGAGGAAGCAUUGAAAUCCAAAUGAGAUAAGCAUGGUGAGGGAAGUCUAAAACGAUUGUUUUGGAAAGGGUGGCUUCAGAGAUGCCACAGAAGCAAAGGGGCCUCGAUUGAUUUAUCAUCAGGAACAUGUGCAUUGUUGACUGAAUUCAUGGGAUAGAAGGCGCUCAGUGUCCACAGAGGAGGCCGCCAGUCUGUGCGCUUUACUUUAAAAUUCACAUGGGCAUGCGUGUGCCUAAGGUUUUCCCAAAAUUGGGAAGACUAUUUAAAAAUAAUCAUAUGGAUAACCUCUCUGUGGAGAAGAUCCCAGGAGAAGUACAUCUGUUUAUAACAGCUGAAGCCAAGUUUUGUACCUGAAAAAAAUGUCUAAUAACAUAUGAUGGAAAAUCUUUAUAGACAGACUCCUAACCACACUAGUACCUCAAUGUGUCUAAUUAAAUGAGUUUCAACAGCG